AUGACCACAGCUAAGGCAUUCACCUCCAGAAAGAGACCAUCUGGUAAUACCAAUAAGAGAAAUACCAAAAGAUCUGAUAAUAAUCAACCAUUUAUACCAAGUGCUGCUGUUAAGAAAAUUUCACAAAUUCAAUUAUCUGAUGAACAACAAGUACUAAAAUCCAAUAUAUUCAAAUUCAUUAAUGAUAAUCUUGAGAAUUAUACUGGUAAUCCAUCAGUUUAUUUGAUCGAUGGUGAUGCAGGUACUGGUAAAUCAGUUAUAUUGAAUUCAUUAUUUAAUGAGAUUCAAAAGAUUUCAAGAACUAGUAGUGAUGCAGAGAAACAAAUCUUAACAAACACAAAGAAUUACCUUGUUGUUAAUCAUCCUGAAAUGUUGAAACUAUAUCAUCAAAUCUCAAGACAAUUCCCAUAUAUUUUGAAAACUGAUUUAGAAAGACCAACUUCAUUGAUUAAUAAAUUUCAAAAGAAUAAAGACACUGAUAAGGUUGAUGUCUUGAUUAUUGAUGAAGCUCAUUUAUUAGCCACUGCAAAAGAUCCAUUCAAGAGAUUUAAUCAAGAUAAUCAUUUAGAAGAAUUGUUGAAAAUAUCUAAAAUUGUUAUUAUUGUAUUUGAUGAGAAACAAUCAUUAAGAAUGGGAUCAUAUUGGUCUUUAAAUGAUUCAAAAGAUGGUGCUUCAAUUUUGCCAUUUUUGGAAACACAAUCUUUACAAAGUUUCGAAAGUUUCAACUUAACAAAACAGUUUAGAGUUAGUGCUAAACCUGAUUUGAUCAAAUGGAUCACUGAAUUAUCUACAACAAAGGCAUUAUUACCAUUACCAAUUGAUGAUUAUGAAUCUAAAACAUUUGAUUUUAAAAUAUUUGAAAAUUGUCAAGAAAUGUAUAACUCAAUUAAAUUACAAAAUUCAAAAUUUGGACAAUCAAGAAUUUUAGCAACUUAUGAUUUCCCAUAUAGACUAGAUGGGAAAGAUUAUUUUGUUUAUUCAGAAUCUGAUGAUUUCAAAUUACGUUGGGAUCGUUAUUUACCACAAUUGACCACUCCAUGGUCUGAAAGAGAUGAUACAAUUGAUGAAGUUGGUUCUGUUUAUACUAUUCAAGGGUUUGAUUUAAAUUAUGCAGGUGUUAUCCUAGGUAGAAGUAUUGGAUAUGAUUCUACUAAGGAUUGUAUUAAAAUUAAGCCUGAAUUUUAUGAUGAUAAUGCUGGGUUCACUAAAAAGAAGAAUAUACAUAAUGUUGAUAAAGUUAAGGAAAAGAUUAUUUUGAAUAGUGUUAAUGUGUUGUUGACUAGAGGUGUUAAAGGGUUAUAUAUCUUUGCCUGGGAUAAAGAAUUGAGAGAGAGAUUGAUGAAAGGUGACUCCAGGGUGCUCGUGAGGAAUAGCUGA